CUAAAUUCAAAGCUUUGCUGUUUACCAAAUUUUGUUCCGUAAAAUAAAUAGAUUGAAAUUUAUGUUCUGAUCAUUUUGUUUGCGAAUAUGAAGCUUUUUUUGAAUCACGGUUAUGAAUAUUAUAUAAACAGUAAUUCGCGUGUAUUGGACUCAUUAGUACCUACGUAUAAGGAAUGAACAACGUGAGAAUGCACUAGCUUGAAAAGUAUCUGCCUCCGUUGUGCUGUGCCGAGUGUCCGAACCAACAAAGAGAAACAUAAGGAAAACUGGAAAUCUCUUCAAUGAAAACUAAUUGAAUAGUAAAAGACUGAUGAAAAUAGAAAACAUGAUUUUACGAAAGAUUACACGAAUUCAGAAGACUAACGUUGUAUUUUAUAGUACGAAACCAGCCCAACAAGGUAAACUGUACAGUAAUACAGUCUUUCUUCCAAAAACAAGAUUUCCUCUCAGGCUAGAAAAUAACAAACUCUUAGAAAGGGAUGAGGCCAUACAUAACACUGCAGAUUUUGAAAAUCUCUAUACUUGGCAAAGGAGCCAUUUAUCAGAACCAGAAUUUGUCUUGCAUGAUGGCCCACCUUACGCAAAUGGACAGGCUCAUAUGGGACAUGCUAUCAACAAGAUUUUGAAAGACACCAUACUCCGAUGUCAUAUUAUAAGUGGGAAUAAAGUUCAUUAUAUACCAGGUUGGGACUGUCAUGGACUUCCAAUUGAACUGAAAGCUAUUUCAGAUAACAAAGAUCUGGAUCCUAUACAAAUAAGAAAGAAAGCCAGACAUUUUGCUGAAAAGACCAUAAAAGAACAGAUGAAAGCAUUUAAAAGUUGGGGAGUUAUAGGUGAUUGGAAAAACACAUAUCAAACCUUCAACCAAGACUAUGUUAAGACACAGUUUCGAAUAUUUCAUAAAUUAUACCAGAAAAACCUUGUCUACCGUGAUAUAAAACCCAUUCAUUGGUCUCCAUCAUCAAGAACAGCCCUUGCUGAGGCGGAAUUGGAGUAUAAUGAAAACCAUAAAAGUCCGAGUACCUACGUUCGGUUUGAAAUAAAACAUUUCCCAAACUUUGACCACAAAGAUGGAAAUAGACUGUAUGCUAUAAUUUGGACCACAACACCGUGGACUUUACCUGCCAAUAAUGCUGUAUGUUAUAAUGAGAAGCUGUCGUAUGUUAUCGUGAAAAAAGCUAACUCAUCAGAUUCAUCUCUUUACGUCAUAGCAGCUGAUUUAUUGAAAACUGUGUCUUCAGUGUUGAAUUGUGACUUUGAAGUUGUUAAAGAGUUCAAAGGUGAUAUGUUGGAAGGAACGAAAUACAUUCAUCCUAUCUACUCGAAUCAGGAAUGUACUUUUGUAAACUCAAGUCAUGCAGUAGCAAAUAAAGGAACAGGGUUAGUACAUAGUGCUGGCUCUCAUGGACCCGAGGAUUUUCUGGUUUCUUUGAACUACAAAUUGCCACUUGUUGAUCUAGUUGAUGACGCAGGAUGUUAUAACUCACAUGCAGGAGACAAACUACAAGGAAAAUUUGUUCUAACAGAAGGAAAUCAAGAGGUGCAAGCUAUGUUGGAAGAUAAUUUAAUGCAUUCAGGAGAAAUUACCCAUAGUUAUCCUUAUGACUGGAGGACAAAGCAACCUGUGAUAAUCAAAGCUAGCCAACAAUGGUUUAUUGACACUGAUGCUUUAAGAAAUCGUGCAAUUGAAUUAAUAGAACAAGUCGACAUCAUUCCAAAAGAUCGAAGUGAUAUAUAUAGAAAGAAUUUAGUCAGUCAAAUCCAAAAGAGGCCUUAUUGGUGUAUAUCCAGACAAAGGAAAUGGGGCGUUCCAAUACCAGUUCUUUAUGAUCAUCAUUCUGAAAAAAUCAUUAACGAGCAUACUAUCAACCAUCAUUGUAAUUUGUUACGAACAUAUGGAGCAGAUUUUUGGUGGAUCUUGUCAGAUAAGGAGCUUCUGCCAGAUAACCUUCAUUCAUCUUACAAUCUAGAAAACUUGACACGAAGCCAGGACAUCAUGGAUAUUUGGUUCGACAGUGGUAUCUCCUGGGCAAGGGUGUUAGAGGGUUCGAAAAUAGCGGAUAUGUACUUGGAAGGUGCGGAUCAGUUCACUGGGUGGUUCCAAUCAUCUUUGCUGACUUCAGUAGCCAUGAGAGAUAAGGCACCAUACAAAACGAUUUACGUACACGGAUUUGCGGUAGACGAAAAUGGUACCAAAAUGUCAAAGUCUCUAGGGAACGUUGUGAAUCCUGUUGAUAUAAUGAAGGGUAGCAAAAAGCAAAAACCAUACGGAGUUGAUGUUUUGAGAUGGUGGGUGACCUGUCACGCAAACCAAGAUGCUUUAGCAAGUGUAAGUCACACUACGUUACAGUCAUGCACUGAAGAAUUACAAAAAAUCAGAAGUGUACUGAGGUUUGCGCUAGGUAGUUUGUCGGACUAUGAAGCGACGAAGAUAGAUUACAAGGAGCUUUUGUUAAUUGACAAAUAUAUGCUGCAUCUUCUCUAUAAAUUCCACAUCCAAACAUCUGAGCUUACUCGCAGCUACCAGUUCCAUCGAGUUUCUGCAGCAGUGUUGAGUUUGUUAACGAACUCUAUAUCGGCUUUGUACUACACGUCGAUAAAGGAUCGUCUAUAUUGCGACCAUCUAGGUAGUACUUCAAGAAAAGCAGCUCAGUACACGCUUCACAAUCUUUUUGAAAUCGUCACUCAGACGAUUGCACCGAUGGUACCGCAUUUAGUUGAAGAAAUGUAUCAGUACUACAACUUGAAAGACAAUAAAACGUACUUUACAAGCACCCAUUUAAAGCCACAGUCAGGCUGGGAAAACAAUAAGAUUGCAGAAAUUAUGGCUGUUAUUUUAAAUUGCAAGAGGGAUUUGAACAAAGCAUUGGGACCCAAUACGACUGAUAAGGAUGUGAAGAUUACUUUGUGCACAAGCGUAUUUAAAUCUUUGCAGGAUUUUGGAACUAUCAAUGAUAUAGAACAACAGGUCGCAGACAUUGUUCAGGUGGCUGGUGUAACUGUGUUGAAAGAGGAUUUUAAAGAUGAUCCAAACAGAAUCUUCACAACAGAUAUUUCAGAAUCUUCAAGAUUCUGCUGCCCUAGAUGUAGAAAAGUUCAAAGUGAUGAAGAAGAUGAGCUUUGUAAACGAUGCACUGAUGUUGUAAAUAGUUCAAACUGCGUCUAAUUAAAUUCCUGGUUUUACUUACUGUCAGAUGAACGUAUAAACAUGUUCUGUGAUCGCAUCCCAGCGCGCCUUUCGAAAUCGCUUUAAUUUAGCCCCGUUAGUUGUUGUCCCGGAAAGGAAUCACUUGUUAUGUGGAGGUCAGUAAGUUCAGGCAAACUUCAAGUACGACAAGACCAAUAACUGGAGUCCUUUGGUACAUCAGAUCACUUAAAAACGUAGAGGCAGUAAGAGCUUCAAUGUUGCGUGCAAACAUGCGUCUGCCUUCGGACUUUGUGAUCGUUUGGUGAAGAGCUUCAUGAUGAUCUUCAUUUUCAUCCUUAUAAGGUGAGGAACUUUCGGAACGCGAUUCUAUUCUCGGAUGAACGUGUGUGAGCGUCUUCUCGAAGUCAUUGGUGCUGAGGCCGGUACUGUUUCUUUUUGUAAUGAUGAAGCCCAGUUUCAUUUGUGUGGAUCCGUCAACAAACAAAAUAUAUGCUACUUGGCUGACACCAAUUCUCUGGAAUUGCAUCGCAGGCCUUUGCAUGUUCCCAAAGUCACAGUGUGGUGUGCAAUUUCCUCAGCUGGAAUUAGUGGUUCCUAGUUCUUUGAGGAAAAUGAAGUCGCAGUGACAGUGAAUUUGGACCGGUAUGCACACAUGUGGUUCCAACAAGACUGAAACACGACACUUCAAAAGCGCCUCAUCCCAAUUACGGGCGAUUUGGAGUGGCUGGCCCGUUCUCCCGAUUUGGCCCCUUGUGAUUUUAUUGUGGGACUUUUUGAAAUCCAUUCUUCAUGUGAACCGUCCAAAGACCCUACCGGGUUUGAAGACCAACAUCCAGGAAGAAAUUGUCAGAAAUAAGUUUACUCAAUGUAUGGAGAAUAGGG